UUAACCUCCAAAUCGAAAGUUGGCAAUCACCAACAAGCACAGAUAUCCAAACUAGAAUCAUUCCUCUUCAACAUCUUCAUGAUCUCCUCUAUUCUAGAUACUAAAUGUUAGACGAGUUUUAGCACACAUACGACAGCCGUUCGAGUUCUACCAGCGCACACAGAUUCAUCUCUGGAUUGAAAAUAGGCAAACAUCAUGGAUAAAUUCCGUCAGAGACGUUCAUCGUUCUCACCAUUUGGUUCAUCCAAGAACCAAGAACCAUUAAUUGUGGUCGAAGAAUCAGGUGCAACAGAAGAGGAUGAUCAAAGUAGUUCUGGUACACCAACAUAUCGAGCAAGUUUGGACAUUGAUUCACCAGUAAAUCCAUACCUUCUGUCACCAUGGAGAGAUCCCCGAGAGAGCCGCAAACAUUCAUUACCCUCACAACAAGUUACCGAGGGUAUUACAGCCAGUCAAGUGCGUCGACUUUCCGAAAGAGGCGGCGAAGGUUCUGGACCUUCGCCAAAUGAAGCCGCAUUUUUGGCUACUUUGUCACAGUCGAAGGCACCAUCAGGUCGACGGCAUUCAGUUGUAACAAUAUCGAAAAUUCCUGCAGCUAUUUUUAGUCGAAGUAGACGGGAAUCGGUUGCGGCAUUUCCAUUACCAACAAGCGGUCGUGUCUUGAGCUCCCGCCGAGAAAGUAGCGCAUCCACAGGACCACCAUCUACAGAUCCAAUUGGAAGCAUUCACAACUUACAACUAGACAUAAUGGAUGACAUUGUUCAGUCGAGAAAAGCCCGCUUGAAACUAUGGACAACUAGCAAUGAGAAAGUCUGUGAAGUUGAAACUGUUAACGAAACUGGAGCUAGCACCCAACAAAGAUACACAAAUCGAAGAUUUUCAGAAGUUAUACCCGCCGGAGUCUCACCAACUCCAUCCUACAGACGUGCAUCUGAACAUCCAGCAAUUAUUUCUCCAUGCCUUCCUUCAAGCUCUAGAGCCGCUUCACAAAGAAAGAAAAAAUCACCUGGUGUUGGCUUCCUCGGAAGUCGCACUGACCUAAGUUCGAUUUUUAGUAAUUUAACAUCAUCCGCCAUUGAAAUACACAAAUGUGACGAAUCGCCAAGUUUCUCAAAGACUAAAGCUAGCCCUGGUGGCACAUCAAAUCACAGUACAACCAGCAACACUUUAGAUCCCAAUGUUGGCCGAUCGACAAGAUCUAAUAGUUUUGAUGUUUCGAUUUUACAAAAUGCCAAACAAUUUGUAUCUGAUGCCGAGGACAAAGGAGCUGCUUUAUCGGGUUGGUUUACCCAACGACAUCAGCCAAUGGCACGCAAAAAGAGUAUUCGAAAGAAAAGCACAGCCAUGGCAAUGUCCAAAGAUGUCCUUGAACGAUUGCAAAACAAAGAUAUGCUCAAAGAAAAGCCUAAACCAAAACCCAAAUCCAAAUGGGAUUCAAAAGGUGGCAUGAUGGACCCCACUGUUAUUGGAUCUGCCAUCGAAGGUUUCCUGCGACGAAGCACAGGAACAACUUCAUCUUCAUCAUCUAGCAAAGGAGCAGUACCCAAGGACCGGGGAGCACGUAGUAGAAUUCCAGCGACUGCACGAGCGACCAUGAAUUGGUUUAGUAGAACAGAAGAAGAUGACAGCAAGGAUACGUGCGACGCAUCCCUCUGUUCAACACUCAAGGACCUUUUUGUCAAAUAAUUGUCAAUGAAUCUAAGUUUUUAAAGUGUAAUGCGAUGAUAAAACGUGUAAUCAAUCUUCUUUGCAAACAAAUCUCUGCCUCUGCUUCUCUGUGCAUCCGGCAGUAUUAUAAUGAAGAUGGAAUUCUUGGAUUAAAAUUAUUAUACUUUUUCUUU